CCAACUCAGCAGCUCAGCAGUUGACAAUCCUCAAUAACUUAGUGUACAUGUCUGUUAACAUUUUCGUUUAUUUUGACGAAAAUAAAUAAUAGUUUUAAGUAUAAAAGUGAUAUUUAAAUAAUUAAUUUAUUACCGUUUCGAGUGUUGAUCUCACCACAGCACCAUGGAAGCGUUAGCAGUGAUACUGGAGCCGUACAAGGAGGCGGUGGGCUCGCUGGCGGCCAUCGUCACCAUCGGACAGAUGUUCUCCGGCAGCUUCAUCUGCUACGACAUCUACAAGCAGGGGAACACUAGGGGCAUUGGCAUCAUGCCCUUCGUCGGUGGUCUUAUCAUGAGUGUACUCAAUUUGAAAUACGGCUACAUACUCCGAGACGACACGAUGAUCCAAGUCAAUCUUUUCGGAUUGGCUCUCAACAUUAUAUAUUUAAUGAUCUUCUUCCACUACUCGUUGGAGAAAGUCAAGGUCUGGGCGCAGAUAGGCCUCGGAGGCGCCUUCUCCGCUGCGUUGAUUGGAUACGCCCAAGUCGAGGACCCGAAGCUGGUGGAAGACAGAUUCGGCCUGAUUAUCACCGCGUUCAUGUUCUACCUCAUUGCUUCACCGCUAUUCGGAUUGAACGAGAUAAUCAAAAACAAGAGCACGGAAGGCAUGCCAGUGCCCAUCAUCCUGUCGGGAACUGUGGUCACCUUCAUGUGGCUGCUCUACGGCAUCAUACUUAGAAACAAGUUCCUUGUUGUACAAAACGUAGUGGCUCUAGUGCUGUGCUCAGCCCAGCUGGCUUUGAUCGCCAUCUAUCCCUCUAAGCCUAAGAAGGAGAAGACGAAAGUUAAAGCUAAGAAAGCCGACUAGAGACAUUCCUUGUAAACGUUUUCAUCGGUGCCUAGAAUUAGUUUUAAGUAAUAUAAUUGUAAAUUAAACUAGUAAAAAUUAACUUAAUCGCGUCGAUUUGAAGAUUUUUGCUUUUAGUCAUAGAAAAAACAAUAAUUAGAAGGGACACUCACUGCUCCGCAUCAAUGUACCCAGUGCCGAGCUUCGUUUAUUAAGGGUUAGUUAAACUGCAUCGCACUUUCAUAAACUGCAUAGCGAGAUAAUGCGACCGCAAGAGGAAUUCACGAGGCGGUCGAUGUCGCACUCCCGCUUUUUAUCUCGCUCUAGCAAAUGACGGUUCUGAGUGUCAGAAAAGGAUUGGUGCCGUCAGAUGUUUUUUAACCCUUUUUUUGUUUAUUUUUUUGGCGUGACUUAUUAUAUGUGUAUACGAGUACUCGUAGAUUUGCCGCGAAUGGCAUUAACUACUUGGCCGGACAAAUGAAGACCGCUGAGGGGUCUCACCCGGUAGCCUUAGUCAUUUCUUGUGCGGGCUGUGAAGGCAAAAUUCAAAUUGACGCGAAUAAUCAAUCUAUCAUCCAGACCGCCAUAUGCUUAUCAAAGAGAAUGUAAUCACUAUAUAGUUAUGGCCCAUCAAAUGAAAUUUAAGAUUGUAUAGUUUUUCAACACAAAUUACGGUAAUAUAUUUCUAUCAUGCUGUGUAAUCAAGCUAUAUUUAAGGGUGGACCCUCGCUAUAUUCGUUGCAGCGACAAUAGAUUGUGUAAGUGUAGCCACACCAUUCGGUGAACGAAAUUAUUAUUUUCGUCAUAGAUAAAGUAAGCAAAAGCAAAAAAAAGCGCACCCCUGAUGCCGGGCAGCAGCGGUAUCAGUACUGGUUGGAGGCCGAGGAAAUGGAUUCUGGUAGGGCUCUAGCUAGAACAUCACCGAUUGAGAAAUUGGUCGGUGUACUGCGGAACGGAAGGCGAUUGGGGCAAUCACCGUUCUACACGCCCUAUCUAUGGAGUAUUGAAGGCGAUUACUCCACCGACAAGAGCGCAGCUCUUAAAUAAAGAGAGAGAGAUAUAAAGUAAGCUAUUUAGCUCUACACUUUUUUGCCUCUACUUGAAGGUCUAGAGAACCUACAAACAUAAUAAAUAUUAUAAACCCAAUGUUUUCAGGUUUACUCUGGGUGUGAAGUUAUUGACAACUUCUUAUUUAAAUAUUUUUGUUACAUAUUAUUACAAAGUACAUACCGGGUGUUAGUAACGAAAACUUUGACGGAUGAUUCAGACCAUGAUUCUGAGUUUAUAUCAAGUGGAAUUUUUCGUCGCAAAAUUAUGGAACGGAAAAUAAUUAAAAAAAACACAAAAAAAUAUUAGAAGAUUAUACGAAGGCAACUUUGUACAGCGCCAUAUUAACAUAUUAUUAUUAUUUUUUUUGUUUGUAACAUUGUUUUUAUAAGAAAAUAAAUAAGAAAUAAAUAAUGAAUAUAUAUUUUUUGGUGAACGUAGCCUGGAAAUAUUAUUGCGACAUAAAUACUGAGUGUUACGCGACGGAAAAUUCCACUUGAUAUUAACUCAGAAUCAUGGUCUGAAUCAUCCCUCUCAGUAUUAGUUACGAUGCCACUGACACCCUGUAUAUGGCGGUCUAUAUAAAUAUAAAUAAAUAACUCAAUCCAAAAUACCUCUGAAAGUGUAAAAGUAUAAAAUUGUUAUUGUAAAACUUUGCUCAAGCAAGUUUUUUAAGUACGUAGUUGAUAAAUUAUUGUUUUUCAUGCUUGUAGUAGACAUUAUGCAUAUUUUUUUUACAAUUUACCUAAAUGACAUUAUAGCAAAGAUAUAUUAUGUAUGUAGGAUUAUCACAUACUCAGUGGUGAAGGAAAAAAUCACGGAGAUAUGUGACCUAACCUGUAUUGGGCUGGAUUCCCUUCGCGGGUUCGAAGGUCAGACAGGCAGUUGCUUUUGUAAAAUGGACCUGUAAAAUCUUCAGGUUAGGUAAUUGGACCCUGUAAAAACGGGAUAACGCUAGGGAGAUGAUGACAUUACAUAAAAUGUUCAGGGGAAUUUAUGUAAGCAUUUAUACUUAUAGUAUUUCUUGCGAACGAAGUUUUAAAACUAUAAAAUAGAUGUAUAGCUAGGUAAAUACUAGGUUUGUUGCAUAAAAUAAUAUUUUUGAAGUUGAAGUUAUAAACAAGCAUAUUUUAAUUAUGACUUUUUAAAUAGAUCGUUAAUAAAUAAAUCAAAUGAUGAAUGUGAUGAUUAUAUUAACCAGGGUGUUACAGAAGUUCGAGAUAUAAUUAAAUGAAUUAACUAUUUCUCCAAAUUUUUAUAUACUUUUUUUAUUCUUAAAUAACAUAAGCAUUAUAUCCCAAUUGAGGUAAUCAAACCAGACACCCUAAGAAUAAAGUGCCCACACCUCGCCGAGUUUUCUUUUCACCAAUUUUAUAUAUUUGCCGACUAAAUGAUUCUGCUUCUGAAUUUUUUAAAAAAAUAUUAACCUUUGACUUAUGUGUAAUGGAUUUCUAAUUAUACAAUAUAAUAUGUCGUCGUCGAAGAGUGAAUUGCAUUUUGAUUUUAAUAACAUUUACACAAUGAUCUCUUUAGACAGAAAUACAUUCUAUUUUCUCCCGACUACGCCAAAAAGGGGGUUAUGUGUUUGACCGCUCUGUUUGUAUGUUUGCAAGGUCUAUUCCAACAUAACUUCUAAACUACUUAACAGAAUGUAGGGGAAGGCUGGGCAAAGCGAAUACAAUCGUACUUUUUUUAUUUUAACUGCAGUUGAUUAUUGUUUAAAUAUGCUUGGUUACUGAUCUUGGUAUUUGUAAGAGCAAUAAAUAAAGACUAAUUUGUGAUAUUUUUUUUGUUUUUGUAUUGUAAACCUUUUCUGCUAUAACCUUAAAUACCUUAAGGUAUCCACUAUGCCCGGCCUUCCCCUAUCUCUUUGGUGACGAUAUCAUUAUUAUAGAAAUAUGGGGCCUAAAACGGUCAUAUUGAAGCAAUUCACCUUAAAAGCAUCAUUGCGAUUUGAUACUACAAACAAAUGUCAAAUAGCAAUAUUGCUGUUUUAGAUGAAUUGUUUCAACGCAGCCUUUUAAGUCCUCAGUGAUGUGACGUAAUGAAUUUAAACCGCGGCGUAUAAGUUGAAGAAAAAUGGCGGUCGUCCGCUUGGGUAGCGUCACACGCGCUGCCCCUCGCGUCUCCCCUCAUACCGCUCUACGUUUGAGACCCAAUCAUUUAUCACUGGUUAUUGUUCAAUUUGUAUGCCGCGGAUUAUACCGACUCUGGUAGACAGUGGGUCGACAAAAACUUAAUUUUUAAUUUUAACAGCUUUUAAAAUAGUGUCGUCCUUCACUACGAUAAGUGGAAGGCAGAGAUAGACCCAGUUAUACAACUGGCAAAUUAAGUAAAAAAAUAAUAAUUAAAAUUAAGGUUGAUAUCUGCCAACCCUGAAGCUACCUACCUAUUUUAGUAAAAAUAUGUAGGUCUUAUAUAAAAUUAAUAUUUUGUAUGUAAUUUAAGCGUAACAUUCCAAAUAACCUCUGAUUUGACCUCUAUUUUUCCUUCAAGGUCCAUUAACUUACUCGUUUAGGGUGCGAUCCCACUGAAUCGAAGCGGAGUGGAGACGUGCAGCAAUGAAAAAUGUCAUGCCAUUAUUUUUUAUUUAUUUAAUUUAAUUUUUAUUGGAAGACCAACAGCUAACGAUACAAAAUAAUAGUUAACAAUAAAAAACAACAACAAUAAACACAAAACACAAAAACAACAAAAAACAGCCAUUUACAGGUCCUCGCCUGUAGCUUAUAUAUUGUAUAGAGUUAUUUAACAGCAUAUAUAUAUUGAAAAUGAUUAUAUGCAUGACUAUGUUCUAAUUAGUCAAAGGUUCAUCACUAUUCAUCAGUCAUCGCAACGAUAAAGUAUUUGUAAGAAUGCAUCGUAAACUUCUAUAUAUAAUCAUACCUGCUGUCGGUACAGUCCGAUAGACACAUCUGGAAUAAAAUGUUUUCUAAUGUGUCAUAAAUAAUAAUGGCGGUUAUCUAUAUCAAUAGAUGUUUAUUUAACCAUAAAAUAGUAAUCUUUUCAGCGCUUCGCAUAAGUAGAAAUGUAUUGUUUUCCGCUCCGCUCCAACCGCGUCCGCUUCUAUGGAGAUGCACCCUUAUCCAUAGUUGUUAUUAACUCAAUUGUUACUAUGUGUGUGAAUGCAUUUUACGAAACGAUGUUAUCAGUAAAGUUAUGACAUUGAGAUCAAUUUAAUAAAAUUAUUUUAUUUAAA